UCUGUCACUUGGCGAAGAGCUGCCUGGAAAUAUCUCGUGUGUCGGGGGGUGGCUAACUAACUGCAUCAGAAGGUUGACAGCUUUUAGGAUGUUUUGCUGAGCUGAAAGAAUAUUUAUUAUAAUUCAAGAAACAAGGGAGUACCGACCACAAUGCUGCGAGUCUGCUUGAAAGGGGCAAAUUCUGCAGCGCGGAAGUGCCUGUGUGGAAAUGCAGCCCUCCACCCCCUGCAGCCCUGUCGUCGCUACACCUCUGGAGCAUCAGGGGGCUCCGCUGGGAAGGUUGUGGCUGGCGGUCUGCUGGCGGCGGCAGGGGGCCUGGGAGGCACAGUCGUCUAUGCCGGCUGGGACCCCAAGUUCCGGACCACCGUGGAAAAGAACGUCCCCUACUCCAACCAGCUGUUUGGCAUGGUGCUCGGACCCGUCCCUGCCCCAGUAGGGAAGAAACCAGCCAAGGUGGAGCCCCUCCAGAUCUCCUCUAUGUCUGAGGUUUCCAAGGACUCCAAGCUGCCCAAGACCAAGGAACCGGAGCCGGAGGCCCCAGUGGAGGCUCCCGCCACAGCCCCAGAGCCCGCCCCUCCAGCCCCACCCACCAUAGAGGAGGCCUCUGCUUCAGCAGCCCAGAUCAUAUCAGCCAUCAGCGAUGUGCCCUCUAUGCCCGCUCCGGGCUGCAACGACACACAGGCCCCGCUCCCCCCCAGCCACGUGGAGGAGGCUCCUGCAGCAGAAGAAUGUAAAGAGUGUGCUCAUGAACAUGCGCCCGCCAUGGCAGAGCGCCCGGUGGAGGAGGUGGCAGCCAGGCUGGCACAGCAGGAUAAGGCAGAGGAGGACCUGCUGGCCUCCAUGGCGUCCACUCUUGAGGAGUCCCUGGGGAACUCGGCCAAGGUGACUCUGCAGGCCAUCGGGGCCCAGGAGGCCGCGCUGCUGGCCAUCGCCCAGCACACAUACAAGCUGAAGGAGGCCAUGGAGGCCGAGGCUCCUCCGGAUAAGAAGUCAGCUCAGUGGAGGGCUCUGGAGGAUGCGCUGAGUGAACGCAGCCGGCAUGUGGACGAGGCUGGAGCGGCCCUGCUCAAGGCCAAGGAGGAGCUGGAGAAGCUGAGAGCGGUGAUCGACGGAGCGAAGGAUUCCAACAUCUCGGCCGCCAGACCUCAGAUCCUGGCGGCCGAGGAGAACCUGCACAGCAUGGUGGUGGACCUGGACGGUGUGGUCACCAAGGUCCAGACCGCCCAGACAGAGGCCAAGAUUGUGUCUCAGUACAGCGACCUGGUGACAGAGGCCAAGGUCCAGUUCCAGAAGGAGCUCAACAGCAUCACGCCGGAGAUCCAGGCCAACUGGAAGGGCCUCACAGGGAAGCUGACCCAGGAUGACUUGAACUCUCUGAUCGCCCACGCCCAUCGGCGCAUCGACCAGUUGAACCGCGAGCUGGCGGAGCAGCGCGUGCGAGAGCAGAUCCACCUGGAGGCGGCACUGGAGCAGCUGAAGGCCGAGGACCUCAAGGCCCAAGAGACCGCCAUCGCCACCGCCCUGGAACACAACCGGGAACAGCUGAGGCUGGAGCAGGAGAAGAAGGUGGAGGAGGUACGUGAUGUGAUGGAGGCUGAGAUGAGGACCCAGCUGCGCAGACAGGCCGCCGCCCACACGGACCAUCUGAGAGACGUGCUGAAGGUGCAAGAGCAGGAGCUGCGGGCCGAGGCAGAGGAGGUGCUCAACAGUAAGAUGCUGGAGCAGGAUACGGCCUACCGCAGGCUGACCCAGGAACAGCUGGACAGCUUCACCCUGGACAUGAACGCUGCCUACGCCAGGCUGAAGGGCGUGGAGGAGGCCAUCGACAGUCACGUGAUUGCCGAGGAGGAAGCCCGCAAGGCCCACCAGCUGUGGCUGUCCGUGGAGGCUCUCAACUACACCCUGCGGACCGCCUCGGCCGAGACCCCCACCGAGCCCCUGGAGGGCGCCGUCGACGCUGUGCGCCAGAGCUGCUCCGACAACGAGUUUGCCCAGACCCUGGCCACGGCCCUGCCCGCCGAGUCCCUGAGCCGCGGCAUCUACAGCGAGGCGUCGCUCCGCGCCCGCUUCCACGCCAUCCGCCAGCUGGUGCGCCGCGUGGCGCUCAUCGACGAGACCCGCAACAGCCUGUACCAGUACUUCCUGUCCUACCUGCAGGCCGCGCUGCUGUUCGAGGAGCCCCAGCAGGCGCCGCCGACGGCGCUCGCGGACGAGGACCUGGACCCCUUCCGCCUGCUGGCGUACGCCUCCUACAGCCUGGAGCACGGGGACCUGGAGCUGGCCGCCAAGCUGCUGAACCAGCUGAGGGGCGAGGCGCGGCGCGUGGCCCAGGACUGGCUGACGGAGGCCCGGCUCACCCUGGAGACCAGGCAGGUGGUCAGCCUGCUGUCGGCCUACGCCAACGCCGUGGGGCUGGGUACCACACAGGCUCCCUAACCUGCCCCCCCCCCCCCCCCUCCUCCUGUCCUGUAACCUUUUACCUAGACCCUGCCCUGGGCACUAUCACACCCCACCCCGCCCUCGUCCUAGACCUGUCCUGCUCGACCCCAGGGCCCCGGACCUUAACCAAGACCCUCCUUCCCACCUGCCUUCUUAUCUCCACAUAUCUUUCUCCUCCUCCUUUUCCCAACGGCCUCUCUGAGAAUUGUAAUUUAUGAAUAAGAAUGAGAGGAAUUCAGUUAGCAGCACUAAGCCACCGUGUGUUUGGGGUAGCUAUCACAGAGCAGUUAGGCACAUGUCUUUGCCCCCCCCCCCCCCCGCUCCAUCUUCUUCUCCUCUCCCAUGCAGGAAGACGGUACUGCAUCUGUCUUUGUUGGGUGAAGAGGUCAUUUUCCUUCCUAGUCAGAUGGUACUGACCAUCAGAUCUGUGCACCAGUGUGUGAAUGUACCUCAUGUACAUAUUAUUUGGAGCCCUGUGAUUGGUCGCUUCGCAGCACCCUCCAGUGGAAAUAACGUGUCACUACAGGGCCCUGCCAGUACCAGGCGUUCUGCUAGCUUUUAGCAGUUAGCAUGGCUCCUCCACUAACUGACCUGUAUCUAGCAACGUUCACCCACCUGUAAUACUUGGUUCCAAUAAAUGUUAAUUUUGUCUGGUGCAUUAUUAUUGGCCAGAGAUUUUUGUGGAGACUAAAAAUAAAGGAUUCAAAUAACUAAUGUUGUCAUGCUGUUCUCCCUGUCAAUAUUGAUAUCAAUAAAUGAUGAAGUUGGCAAGA